AUUAAUUAUGAGUGUCUUCUCUUAGCGCUCUCUCACAUUCUUUUGAAUCGUUUUAUUCCUUCCUUGUCAGCGACUUUCUGCCUUAGAACCUCUCGAAGCUGCGUGGGGAGAAUGCUCUGCAAUGGUCCGUCUCUGGCGCGCUUAGUGAGCUCUUCAUGCGCUCUUUCCCUGCACGCCCUUGUUCUGUUGGAGAUAACUUGUCCCUAACUUAUUGCUCAUUAUCUAGCCUCCUACGAAAUCUAAGAAGAAGCCGGUGCUAUUUGUCUGGACCUGUAGCUCCUGUGGAGCGACUGCAAUACGGGUUCAGGUUAACGCGUGUCCUAGCUGUGGGCAUGCACGCUGCCCGGCGUGCAAGACUGAGAAGGUCUCCAAGUAAUGAUUGCACAGGUUUCGGGAGUCUGGGGAUUGAAUUCAAUUGUUCCAACUUCUGCUCAUCCAAACAGAUGCCGUUGCCCGAUGACAGCCUCGUUCGAUUACGACCGUGCUCUUCAGCGACCAAGGUUUCGAUUCCUGGCUCAAGGAGAGCUUAUCGCGAAUUCCAAAGGAAGCCAGCUCGGCCCGAAGCCAAUGCGUGCUAUCCAACACCCCGAUUUCCACUGCAACAGUCAUUCCCUAAGAUCGCCCAAACCCAGCCGCCAGAGCUGGAGACCGCGACCAAUAUGCCGCUUUGGUAUAAAGACAUCCAAUUCCCGUACUUGACUCCCGUCAGGACGCGAUUUGGGCCGCAAACACUCGUUUUAUGCUUUCAACCACGGCUCUUGUCCGCUCCUAAAGAUCCAUACCUUGGCGCUACACAACACAGCAGGUUCUGUCUGGUCCCUCCUUAAUUUAUCCGUGCUGGCUCUUUCGCCGCCGCCAAACUCAAUAAUAUGAAGGGAGUAGAAAGGAAAUGGGGAUGAUUGGUUUUGAUAUUUUUGGGGCUUUCUUUUUGGGGGGUAUAUUCUUUGCGAUACCGGGAUUCGUUGUCAGGUCGAAUGUGUUGAACACUAGCAAUGUUUUCAGGGCCGACAUACAUCUAUCUGAGUGUUUAUAGAGCUCAGAGCGAGCCAGAUUGAGCAGGCUGGGAAUCACGGAGCUGUGGUCGUUACUUUUGUUGGGCGGCAAUAUCAGGGGUUUCACGAACCUGUCGUCACCUUUGCACUAAGAUACAUUAUAUUUCCCCCCGAUUCGGGCAAGAAACAUAGGAAAGGAGGGAAUAGGUGUGAGGACGUUUGGGUAAUGUUGUCAACUAGUACUAUGUCACGCUUAUCUAUGUGA